GCACGCUCCCUAGUUUCCUGAAGGAGGCGUUACAUACAUGAUAGCAGUGACAUAAACGUUGAAGAUCAAGAUUGCAGCAAAACACACUGCUAGUGACAGAGCGCGGGGUUUCAGUAAAAUCUCUCUUUGCACGUGGAAUUGACCGAGUGCAUUUCUACUCAGGAUGACUGAUGCUGUAAAAAAUGUGGCAAUAUUCGGCAGCACGGGGAUGACGGGGUUAGCGACCUUACCUAUCGCAGUGGCCGCAGGUUACAAUGUGACUGUGCUGGUGAGAGACGCUGCAAGGCUUCCUCCAGACCACAAGGCCUCCAGAGUGGUGGUGGGAGACGUUCUGAACAAAGACGAUGUGAAGAAGACCCUGGAGGGUCAAGAUGCGGUCAUCAUCAUUCUGGGGACAAGAACUGAUCUCAGUCCCACAACGAUGAUGUCCGAGGGAACCCGGAACAUUCUGGAGGUCAUGAAAGCCCGUGGAAUCCGCAAAGUUAUUGCGUGCAUGUCAGCGUUCCUCCUGUGGGAUCGUGCCAAAGUUCCUCCUCGCCUGGUGCCGGUCACUGAAGAUCAUGACCGAAUGUACACUGUCCUGAAGGAGUCGGGAUUGGACUAUGUAGCUGUCAUGCCUCCACAUAUUGCUGGUGACAAACCUCUGACGGAAAAAUACACUGUGACUGAGAACAUGUUAAAAGGAAGAGUUAUCUCCAAAUAUGACCUGGGCCAUUUCUUUGUCAAGUGCCUUUCCAUUUCUGAAUGGGAUGGAAAGACCGUUGGAGUUUGUGGAGAAUAUAGUUAAUCUACUCAGGGGCACUUAGUAAUUGUUGAUUUAGUCUUCACUGGUCAAAAUGACUUUACUUUUGCAGCAUCCUUAUUUUUUAUUUUGCUACUCAUGCCAUUGUAGAAGUGUCAAAUAACUCAAACUUUUUUAAAGUGCCCCUAUUAUGGAUUUUUGAAAAUUACCUUUCAUGCAGUGUGUAGCACAGCUCUAAGUGAAUGAAAACAUCCUGCAAAGUUUUAAAUCUGAAAGUGCACCGUGUGUAAAGUUAUUGUCUCUCAAAAGAAAGAGUCGACUCUGAAUCAUUCAAAGGAGUCGUUUUUAAAACGAAUCCCAAGCCGUUAUUGCCCGCCCACUUGUUGCGCACGCAGACCUGGUUAAGGCUAGAAGGGAUACGUAUGGAGCUACUGGGCAUGCGCACAUCAAUACAGCGUCAUUUAUGUCACACUGUACAACAAUAAUUAUUAUUUUUACAUUAUUGUAAGGGGUGGGUUUAGGGUUGGGGUAGGUGUAGACGUUAAUAAAAACACAAUCUAAUAGGUAGAAAAUUAAUUUCAUAGUUCGUUUCCGGUCGGAGCUGUAUCCCUUCUAGCCACAACCCGCAGACUUGGGAAAACUUGAUUUUCGCGUUGGUCUGAAUGAAAAUGCAAAUUCAUUCUUUGCCACUAGAUGCCGCUUUUGGAGAGUUAAAAGCUCACAAACACUUCUUUAAAUGAAAUCGACCAAUCACCGCAGAUUAGCGUCAUGCAAAGGAGGAGUUUGGAAAAAUGAAUCGUUGAGCGAAUCGUUUGGGAGUCGUUGAGCAAAUAAGGUAAAAAAUAAAAGCAUAUUAUAAGAAAAUGAAAGUGUUUUUGACCUCGCAUGCAUGUCAACCUGUUGUUGGGGACUCCCAAAACCAAAAUAUGAACCUUUCAUAACUCAUAAUAGGGGCACUUUAAAGGUACUGAUUGCACAUAUAAAGUUUUUUUGUAUUUUUUUUCAUAAACACAUAAACUGACCAGCCAUAAGUGUAUCUAUAGUUAAUCUUAGAAGUUUUGUUCUUACUGAAAAAUGGAUUGUAGGAGAACUCGCUGUUUGUUUUGCCUUAAGAAUCAUUGAAUGAAAAUGUAAUGUGCCUAAUAAUGUAGUCAUUUUAUGUUCUGUUUUUAAAUAAAGAUGUUAAUUUACAAA